AUGUCCAUCUUUGUUAUACCAGGCCCACAGGCUCUAUCUCAAUUCAGAGUAGAUAAUUUAGUCAAAGAUAUCAACGCUUACACAAACAGCACUUCCAUAAUAGAGGAAGUUCGCUCCUGUUUCGUCCAUUACAUAGAUUCCAAGAGUUCUGACCUACCAAACAAGGAUUAUGACCUACUUCAAGUCCUUCUAACUUAUGAUUCACCUCUAGAUGUGAACAAUGACCCCUUAUCGAAAAAACUAUUUGAUGCAGUUUCUAACGACAUUGCAAGCUCUGCUUUAGGUAAUGAUUAUUAUUUGGUUAGAAUCGUCCCCAGAUCAGGUACUAUUUCACCAUGGUCUUCAAAGGCGACCAAUAUUGCCCAUGUGUGUGGUCUACAGAAUAAAGUCAACAGAAUCGAAAGAGGUGUUGCCCUUUUAAUUAAAACAGUGGCUGGUUUCCCUCUAUUGGAAAAUUUAAAUGAUUCAUCGUUAAAAUCAGUCUUUGAUAGAAUGACUCAACAACUAUAUCUUGAUUCUCCACCAAAUUCUCAAGAUAUCUUUACUCAUGAAUCCCCAAGACCUUUAAUUCAUGUUCCUGUGACCACUACGGAAACCAAUGAUCCAAGAGAGAUUUUGAGCAAGGCCAAUAAGGAUUUAGGUUUAGCACUUGAUAAGGGUGAAAUUGAAUACUUAAUCGACGCUUUCACAAAGACAAUACAUAGAGAUCCAACUGAUGUGGAGUUAUUCAUGUUUGCUCAAGUUAACUCAGAACAUUGUCGUCAUAAGAUUUUCAAUGCGGAUUGGACCAUAGAUGGGUUACAGAAGCAAUUAACUUUAUUUCAAAUGAUUAGGAAUACCCAUAAAUUGUUCCCUGAUUUUACAAUUAGUGCCUAUUCUGAUAAUGCCGCUGUCAUUGAUACUGAAAACGAAGCAUUCUUCUUUUCUCCUGAUCCUAAUACUAAGAAAUGGACAGCUAAGAAAGAACAGGUUCCCAUGUUGAUCAAAGUGGAAACACAUAACCAUCCAACUGCAGUUUCUCCAUUCCCCGGUGCUGCUACGGGUUCCGGUGGUGAAAUUAGAGAUGAAGGUGCCACUGGGAGAGGAUCCAAGACAAAAUGUGGGUUAAGUGGGUUUUCUGUAAGUGAUUUAUUAAUUCCAAAUCAUCAACAACCAUGGGAAUUGAACAUUGGGAAACCUUCUCACAUUGCAUCUGCUUUAGAUAUUAUGAUUGAGGCACCCUUGGGAUCUGCUGCAUUUAAUAAUGAAUUUGGUAGACCUUGUAUUAAUGGUUAUUUUAGAACCUUGACUACUAAAGUAAAAAAUUUUGAUGGUGUUGAGGAAAUCAGAGGUUUCCAUAAGCCUAUUAUGAUUGCUGGUGGGUUAGGUUCCAUUAGACCCCAAUUUGCUUUGAAAAAUGUUCCAAUUACCCCAGGGUCCUGUAUUGUCGUUCUUGGUGGUCAAUCCAUGCUAAUCGGGUUAGGUGGUGGUGCAGCUUCUUCCAUUUCCUCAGGUGAAGGAUCUGCUGAUUUGGAUUUUGCAUCUGUACAAAGAGGUAAUCCAGAAAUGGAACGUCGUUGUCAACAAGUUAUAGAUGCAUGUGUUGCCAUGGGUGAUAAUAAUCCAAUCCAAUCUAUCCAUGAUGUGGGUGCAGGUGGGUUAUCUAACGCCCUUCCAGAAUUAGUUCAUGAUAAUGAUUUAGGUGCUCGAUUCGAUAUUAGAAAAGUUUUGUCCUUAGAGCCAGGUAUGUCUCCAAUGGAAAUAUGGUGUAACGAAUCACAAGAACGUUAUGUAUUGGGUUGCACACCACAAAAUUAUACAAUCUUCGAGGAAAUUUGUAGAAGAGAAAGAGCCCCAUUUGCACUUGUAGGUCAUGCCACUGCCGAACAAAGAUUAGUCGUUGAAGAUCCAUUAUUGAAUUCCACCCCAAUUGAUUUGGAAAUGUCAAUCUUAUUCGGUAAACCACCAAAGAUGGCAAGGACUACGAUAACAGAACCAUUGAAUUUACCAAAACCUGAUUUAAAAGUUGUUCCAUCGUUAGGUGAUGCCAUUGAGAGAGUUUUGAAUUUACCAUCUGUUGCUUCUAAAUCUUUCUUAAUUACAAUUGGUGAUAGAAGCGUUACAGGGUUAAUCGAUAGAGACCAAUUUGUGGGUCCAUGGCAAGUUCCAGUUGCUGAUGUUGGUAUUACUGCUACAUCUUUAGGGGAUUCUAUCAUAUCCACCGGUGAAGCACUUGCAAUGGGUGAAAGACCAACUAAUGCUUUAAUAUCUGCAGCUGCAUCUGCCAAACUAGCAGUUGCUGAAUCAUUAUUGAACAUUUUUGCUGCUGAUGUGAAGUCAUUGAAACAUAUAAAACUAUCUGCCAAUUGGAUGUCUCCAGCCGCUCAUAAGGGUGAAGGUUCUAAACUAUAUGAGGCAGUACAAGCUAUUGGUAUGGAUUUGUGUCCUGCUCUAGGUGUUUCCAUCCCAGUAGGUAAGGAUUCUAUGUCCAUGAAGAUGAAAUGGGAUGACAAAGAGGUUACGGCUCCACUAUCUUUGAAUGUCACAGCUUUCGCACCUGUUUCCAAUACGAGUAAGACAUGGACUCCAUUAUUGAGUAGAAAAGUUCAAGAUUCUGUUCUUGUUCUUGUUGAUCUAGCUGCUUUGAACAAGAAAUCUCUUGGUGCAUCUGCAUUAUUACAAGUUUACAACCAAGUGGGCAAUUCAUCUCCUACAGUCCACAGUAAUGAAAUAUUAAAGGGUUUCUUAGAAGCUUUAUUAGAUUUGCACAAGACAGAUUUAGUAUUAGCAUAUCAUGAUAGAUCUGAUGGUGGUUUGCUUGUAACAUUACUAGAAAUGGCUUUUACCUCUAGAUGUGGUUUGAAUAUUAACACUACUGGUAGAAAUACCGAAGAAGCUUUAGAAUCCUUGUUCAACGAAGAAUUAGGUGCUGUAUUCCAAAUUGAUGAAAAGAAAUUAGAUCAAUUCAAAGACAUUUUAUCUAAACAUGGCAUUUUAUCCGAACAUAUUGUUACAGUUGGUAGACCAAACUUUGCAUCCCAAUCAAUUUCCAUUACCAAUGAAGAUAAUGCUGUUAUCUAUGAAAAUGACAGAAGUACUUUGGAACAAAUUUGGAGUUCUACAUCAUACAAUAUUCAGAAAUUGAGAGACAAUCCAAAGACUGCUGAGGAAGAAUUCAUGACUAUUAGAGAUGAUAAGGAUCCAGGUUUACAUUACUCCUUAACGUAUGAUCCUACCGAUGAUCUAAAGAUUUCCCAAGAAUUAUCAUCUGUAAGACCCAAGGUUGCUAUCUUAAGAGAACAAGGUGUCAAUGGUCAAAUGGAAAUGGCCUGGUGUUUCCAACAAGCUGGGUUUACCUCCAUCGAUGUUACCAUGUCAGAUUUAAUUGAAGGUAGAUUUAAUUUGGAUGAAUUUGUUGGUCUGGCAGCUUGUGGUGGGUUCUCCUACGGUGAUGUUCUUGGUGCUGGUGCAGGUUGGGCUAAGUCCGUUUUAUACCAUGAAGGUGUACGUUCUCAAUUUGUUAAGUUUUUCCAAGAAAGAGAAGAUACAUUUGCAUUUGGUGCCUGUAAUGGUUGUCAAUUCCUAAGUAGAUUAAAAGAUAUUAUCCCAGGUUGUGAAGAUUGGCCCACUUUUGAAAGAAAUCUCAGUGAACAAUAUGAAGCUCGUGUUUGUAUGGUCGAAAUUGAUUCCAGUUUCAGCGAAAAUUCGAGCAUUUUCUUAAAUGGUAUGGCUGGCUCCAAAUUACCAAUUGCAGUUGCUCAUGGUGAAGGUAAAGCUACAUUUGCCAAUAAGAAUCAAUUGAAUGCUUUGGAGAAGAAUGGUUUGACCGCUAUAAGAUACGUUGACAAUUACGGAAAUGUUACUGAGAAAUUCCCCUUUAAUCCAAAUGGUUCACCAAAUGGUAUUGCUGGUAUCAGUUCACCUAAUGGAAGGGUUUUGGCCAUGAUGCCACAUCCUGAAAGAGUCUGUAGAUUGGAGGCCAACUCAUGGUACCCAGAAGGGAAGCAAGAAGAAUGGGAAGGGUAUGGUCCAUGGAUCAGAUUAUUCAGAUCUGCCAGAAGAUGGGUUGGUUAA